AUGCCUCAAUUAAUUCCUACACCGUGAUUAGCAUUGCUAAUCUUUUCCUGAACCAUUUUUACCGCCAUUGUUCUUCCAAAAGUACUAAAACACUCUUUCCCAGACAACCCCACCAUUCCAUCUAAACAAAAUUUACGUGAAAACAAAUGAGACUGAUCAUGACACUAA